AUGCCCCCGGGCCCGUUGCCUGGCAGGUGACAUGCCAGUCCCUACUCCCAGGUGGCUUUUUGGCCCAGGUGGGCCAGCCUGGGGGUGAGGGCAGGAGCAAAGCCCCAGCUACCCCUCCUCGGUCAGUGGGACCCAAGGCUUUGGGAGGCAGGAGUGGGUGUCCCCCAACCUUCAGAUGUCCUAGAGUGUCCAGGAGUGGGGGCUGGUCACCUUGGGGAGAGGCCAGGGGCUUGGCAGAAGGGGUGGCGGGCAGGACUGAGUCCUCAGGCAGGCGUUGCGGGGCGGGGGGGGGGGGGCGUGCCUGCCCCCAGCUGCCCUCUAGCUGUUUCUUGUUCUUCUUUUGACCCCCGCCUAUGUCCCGUCAUCCCCCCUUUGAACAAAAUUUCUGUUCCUGUUCCCUGUGUCCCCACCCCGUCCCCCAAGAGCAUAAGCUAUCAUUGUUGUAUUUGCAAUCUAUGGACUAGAGGUUUAACUAUUUAUUACUAUUGGUUAAUUAUUAUUAUUAUUAUUGAUUAUGUAAAUUUGCCUCCUGUCUGUCUAUCGCGUUGUGUUCCUGAGGUGACCCCGGGUGUGGAGGAUGCACUGGUCCCCACUCCGCGCCCUACCCCUAAGCUGUCCAGGAGACAGUGCUCAGGGCCGCUGGUUGGGCCCCACCACCCUGGGAGCGGGUCCCACGGCCCGUUCUCCCCGCCCUCCGUCCUUGUCCAGGGCUGGAGCCGCUGUGGCUUCUGUCCUGGGGCGCGUGGGGGCUGUUGCUCAUGAGACGCUGGUCGAAGUGAGCAGCUGUGAUGAGAGAAGGUCCCGUCUCGGCCGCCCCCUGCCCCCCGUGCUGGCGGCACUGGGCACCGGGCAAGAGCCCCUCCCUGGUCACUUCCACCCACUGUCCCAGGCAGGGAGGGGAGGGGGCAGGGCCCCAGCUCUCUCCAAGUCUCUCUUGGCCCUCCCACCCCUCCUGCCGGCCCAGUGCCCCGGCAUCAGGGGUCCCCCAGAAUGGACCCGGCCCCCUCCUAUUAUUUGCUGGAAAGUCCAGCGGAGGAGAGGUGGCAGGUCCCCCCGCAUGGCUCCCGGUCCCUCUGGACGGGGCUGCCCCACCUCAGAACCCCUUCCCAGCGCGGCCGCUCUCUCAUCCCUGUCCUGUCCCCUUCUUUUGUAUUUGGAAACGACGUGUUGUAAUAAAUCCUGAGAUGGAUGUUUUC